AUGGGUAAACGGAACGCAGCAGCCGCCAUUGUGGACGCAGAUCGUUUGCCACAGUUUGAAACACCACCGAAGCGUGCGAAACAUGCCACGGCAGCGACGGUGGCACCAGUUACGCAGCAAGCGGCCGUUCCUGUCGCAGCACCACCGGUCACUCCGGCACCAUACUCUCCGAACCUCAGUGCGAGUGAGUUUACGCUCAGUAAAGAGUUUGUCGACGGUACGCUGUUGAUGGAUUUGACGCUUAAGCAAUGGCGCAUCGGCAAACCGAUCGGCAAGGGUAGUUUCGGUGAAAUAUUUCUCGCCUCGGAUAACAUCGAACAGCCGGUCACGAGCGAGAACGCGGAGUAUGUGGUCAAGAUUGAGCCCCACUCGAACGGGCCACUGUUUGUCGAAAUUCAUUGUCUGCUGAACACGGCCAAACGCUCCGAGUCCUGUCAAAUCCCGCCCGGAAUGCCAGAGUACAUUGCCUCCGGUUCACACCUGUUCAAGAACCAACGGUACCGGUUUCUCAUCUUGAAGCGCUACAGCCGUGAUCUGCACUCAAUCAUCAAGAACAAGCGCGUCGAUCCGAAGAGCAUCCCGGUGAUCGCCUGUCAGAUACUGGACGUGCUGGAGCAUUUACACGAUCAAGGUUACGUGCACUCCGACAUUAAGGCGGAAAACUUAAUGAUUGGCACGGUUGUUAGCGCUAGCAGCAGCAAGGCGACAAAGAACGGUGAUCACUGGCUCCAUGGUUCGGGGUUAGUAGCUGGGAAACUCGGAGCACAAGGUGGCAAACAACUGUUCCACGAUGAAACAGACUUUGCAAAGGUGUCGGGAGAAAGUGGAUUGCAAAAUGGUGGUGGCUCGCUGUAUCACCACGUUCCGCAAGAUCAUCACAUCGAGAUGUGUGGUGGUCGUUCGCGCACGCUUCGUCCACUGAAAACGGUCACGUAUCGCGAUUUGAGCGACGACGAGGAUCGCACUAAUGGCGCUGCCGUACGCAGCUCCGCACGACGUGGCCGAGGUCGUCGUAGGAAGAAUCCGGACGUAUCGUACACCUACUCGAUCUCACCGCGCCGAACGGCGAACGGCUACGAGGAGCUUAAGGCAGCGACAGAAGAGGCUCACUGGAACGAGAUCUCGCAUACCGCGGCACCACCGUUACGACUUUCCUCCCCAACACCGGCUCAUGAUCGAAUCCACCUAAUCGACUUUGGGCUGGCGUCAAAGUUUAUGAACUCGGGAGGUCAGCACCGGCCGUUCUGCAUGGAUCAGCGCCGGGCGCACGAUGGAACGCUCGAGUUCACUUCGCGCGACGCACACAUGGGAGCUCACGUGCGCCGCAGCGACCUCGAGUGCCUCGGGUACAAUCUGGUGUACUGGAGUCGCGGCUUUUUGCCGUGGAAGGACGAAAAAUUGCUCAACCAGCCGGAGCAAGUGCACCGCAUGAAGGAGUACUUUAUGACGGAUGUGCGUGAAAUGUUGCGUCUCAUCUACGGCGAAGACUGUCCCGCGUAUUUAGGCGAGUUCCUAGCGUAUGUUAAUCAGUUGACGUACGACGCGCGCCCUGACUAUCAGCACUGCCGGGCACUGUUUGUGAAGGAGAUGAAACGGCUUGGCGGACCGGUGCCAACGCGCCACCAGCCGCUCCGGCUGGACUUGGAAGCGAUUGAAUGCGGGAGUGUCUCUCUGACUGCACAGGAUGAAGCCGAAAUUACGAACAAAAUCAAUCACGUCAAAUCGCUCAUGAAGCUGGGCGGUGCCCUGUUUCCGUACCGCGAAAGUACGCCACACAGUAAGGCGACGUCAAAAAAUCUGCGCUCGAAGCGUAGUGACGUCCGAAAUUUGCUGCUGGUCGGUGGAAUGACGUCCGGAGGCGGCGGCGUUGCAACUCCCGGAGCGAAUGGAGCUACCGAGGAAGUGGUGGCUGCGGGGGUUUUGGUGAACGGUGGCACACUUUCGCACACGCAGUCAACACCGAUAGGAACCCGCAAACGGGCGGAGAAAAAGUUUAGCUGUGAAGAAAUCUUCGCCACCGACGCCGAUCAGAUCGCGCGCGAUCGCGUCGAGAAGGAGUUUGAACGGGCGGAGCAGAUGCAAGAGGAAACGGUCCGGCGGUACAAGGGCAAACCGACGUACGCAAUACAGGAGCAGGAGGAGCGCAAACUACGGACCGGCCACAGUGUGGGUGCGUUGGAGUACGCAGAAAGUGAGGACUACAUCAAGGGCUACACGAAGCCGAUGAUGGACAUUCUGCGCAAACGGCAAUCGCAGCUGUUUCAUGAUAUCGAGGAGGAAAGAAGACGAAAGAGAGCGGAAUCGACGGAGGUGGAUCAGAUGAAUGGGCAAGACGAAAAAGAAGAGGAGGAAAGUGACGUGGAGGACGACGUCUCGGAAGAUAACGCCGAGCUGGAUGAAGACGCAGAAGAAGAACAGGAAGGUGACGAAGAGGCGGAAGAGUUGGAAGAACCGGACGAGGAGUGUUACGAGUAUCACUCGUCCAAAGGAUCUUCCCAUCGUAAAGGACACAAAACAGAGGACACCGAUAGUGACUUUAUCAACGAUGGAGGCUGUGAGGAGGAGGGGGCAGAGGAAGAAGAUGAGCAAGAUAGUGAUCAGGAAGAAGGCGAAGAGGACGACGAAGACGACGAGGAAGAGCAGGACAGUGAUUUUAACGAUCAAGAGAGCACGUACGAAAGUGACGAGGAAGAAGUAAUCGAGCCUUCACGUCGCAAGGGAAUGAUAGCCAAGAAUGGCAUGCGGCGUAGCAAGGGUGGUCACAAGCCGAACGGAGGUUCGCGAAAGAGAGUGAUCGAACAACAUCCGGAACCAUCAGUCGCUAUGAUCGACGUUCGAAAGCGAUCGAAACACGCUAACCUGAGAAACCUGCAAUCCAGUCACAACUUCCAUGUCGGAACCGAUGGAACCGAUAGGGCGGAACCGGAAGCCACUAGGUAUGGCACGGGAUGCGGUCGUCGUGAUAAAAGUAAAUCGCGCAAGGUGCAUCGAACUGUGAACGAAGAUCAGCAUCAUAACAACAACAAUAGUAACAAAGUGUACUACGAUGGCGAUGUUGAUGACUCCUCGCACGAUACGGCUCCGGCCAAUCCGAUAGGCGGUGGUGCGAACCGCGAAAUGCAGGCGGAUCGCUCUGGGAAGUAUCAGUACGUGAAACGGCGCAAAUCGGGUCUCCGGGAACGGAUCCGACCGACGGAUCGGGGCAACGAUUACCAGGACAAUCUACAGCGCAAACGGAAGGCUGCGAUGCGGAACAAAAAGCGCCGUGAAUCGGCGGCCCUGUCCGCGGGUGGUCGUAUGGCGGAGGAUGGAUCGCAGCAUCAUCGGGGGGCUGAAGAGGAUGAUUGCCUAGACGAGUCCGGUGUGGACGAUGACACCUCGCGCAGCAGUCACCAUUCGGUGGAGUCUUCAUCGUCAAUGGCAUCAGGCACAAUGUCCUCUUCGUCCACGUCAUCGUCGUUUUCGUCUUCCUCGGUCUCCCGCCGACGCGCCCGUCGGACGGCCAACGCUUCCCGCGACAGCAGCAGUCACCGUUCUUCCGUGCGGCGAAGAGGCAAAUCCGAAGCGGCAACAUCGCUCAGCAGUAACGGUAGCCGUAAUGGAUGGAGUCGCUCGAACUCGCAGCACAGCAAUCGUUCGACGACGAACUCGUCCUCACGCUCGUCCUCGGUGUCGGCUUCGACGCUUCAGCAGCAACAGAAUCAGGACGACCAUCAUCAUCAUUACUGCUACGGUGGUCGGGAGACGGAUCACCAUCAUCAGCCUGUCAGAAAACGGCUUGCUACCUUGCCGGAGGAUGACUUCUUGGGUGACGAAGACGACGAUACACGCGAUGUCGAUUAUUCGCCGAUUUGCACACGCGGCAAGCGCAAAACGAAAGGUGCCACACAAAACGGUGGCCCUGAGCAUAAGUCAACGAUAUCCAACGUUCGCCGACGGAAUGAAUCGAAAGGUGGUGGGCACGGUAAAGGGGCCGCCGACGCAUCCUCGACAUCUUCCGUUUCCUCUUCGUCUUCUUCAGCCACCCAUCGGCAGGCUUGCGAGUCACGCCAGGAUGUGCCACCGACGGUGCAGCAGCCUCACCGAGGUCGUCGCUAUCAGCAUCAUCAAGCGCAGCCACACUACUACUCCCACACGCAGGACGAACAGCCUCAGCGCCACUCGACGAUGUUGGUCCGCACGUACAGCCGUGGGUAGUAGUAGCGUGUGACGGCGCCGGGUACUCUGGUGUCGUUGAAGGUGUAGGUAAACGCGAAAAGUGUAACACAAGAAGAGUGUAAAUAUUUAAAGUGGUCUAGAAAUUCGCCUUCCAUGCCGAAGGCGAAGACACUUGCUUUGUGUUCGUUUAGUGGGAAAGCGGGGCCCCAAGGGUCUCUUCCUAGGUUGGUGUUGUGUGAACGGAAAAGAAACGCUGAAGGAGCAAUCGGAAAUAAUCAUUGUGGAAGAAGUAAAACUGCAGUCCGAAAUGAUUGCGUAUGAAUAAGAAAACCUUAUCCUCUACACUAUUACUAUCAACCCAUACCGCGCAGUUAUUAGAAUGGUUGGUUCCGCAGAUGAAGCGCCUGUUGCCGCGCACUACUAUUACAGAUGGUAAGCAAAACGGAAAAUCUCAAUCUAUUUGAACAGCCAAACAAAACUUUGGUACAUUCGAGAGCAUGGCGCAGGGCAAAUAUUGUUCUGGUGAAAGCGAAAAUAUUAAUUAGGAUUGGGACAUUAUAACAAAGGCGUCCAGUGAUGAAUGAUAUUGCAUGAAUGAAUGUACUUCUCAUGAGUUUUGGGUUGGGAAAAGGAUUGAAAGGGGAAAUCUCCAAAAAAAACACUGAAUAAUGCAGCUUAUAAAACUAGUUAUUAAUUACACAUUGGCCGAAGGCGCGGGCUGAGUGGCUGAAAGGGCCUUUGAAUGUUAGCAGAAGCGCAGAACGUGCAAGGAUCGG